AACCGCUCCUCCAGCAAAUUAAGCCUCACUGUCUGAGAUUGGGAGCCAGUAGAUGCUGCAUGUGGCCUCUGAACCCAUUGUUGUGUCGCGGCUGACGUCAGUGCCGUGUGUGCGGCAGACGGAGCGGCGUGCGCCUGGCGAGACAAAGGCGGUGGAGCGAGUGGGGUCAGGCGGCAGCAGCAAGAGGAGCAGAGAAUCACUGGUUUCUAACUCAAAGGGAACUCCCAGCUUCGGCUUUCAGCCACGCUUCUAACGAGACAGAGAAUGAAGACUGAGCGCCGCUGUUAGGACUGUGCUUUGGCCUUCCAGGAAGAAAGAAAAACACCACUGACCCCCUUUUCGCUUUUUAAUGUUUUUUUCCUCUUCUCCAACGCCCCCCGUUUAGCUUUGCUAGCUAGCUGUCGCGCUAAGCUCACUGCGCCGCACUCAUCUCCUCCUCCUUUCUUGCUGCUUUUCGUCUUUCCCUCGAGGCAGAAACACCAGGCGAAGAAAGGAUACCAGCAGUCAGAUAAACUGAGGGUGAGAUCACUCCUUACAAACGGGCAUCCGUGAUCUGAUGUGAGAUCCACGGAAAGACUAUGCCUAGCCCUUUAUUCCACCCCGAGAUAAUGGACCACGACGUGGUGAUCAGCAGCCAGCACAGUGGCGUGGCUCUGCCCCGGGAGACGGACCAGGAGUCCCGGGAUGAGGACCACCAGGAGGUUCUACGCUUCGCGCUGGACCAGCUGUCACUCAUGGGCCUGGAUAAAGUGGAUUGUGGGGGUGGUGGAGGUAACGGGCUGGUGGACACUCUGGACGGGACCCAGGGUCCGAGCUCGGAUGGGUGCAAUGGUGUAGGUGGAGGGGGCUACGUGGAUCUGCAGAUGAUGGAGCAUCCCAGCGGGUCCAGGGACUCGCCCUCGUCCUGCUCUCCUUCCCCAGAGUAUUAUGGUUCGGGCGGCUACCACAUGGCCGGGUCCCACUCCAUGCUCCACGGGGAACAAAGCUCCGUCCUCUGCAACAGGAAAAGAAGCGUAAACAUGACCGAAUGUGUGCCUGUCCCGAGCUCCGAGCAUGUGGCUGAAAUAGUGGGGAGACAAGGCUGUAAGAUCAAGGCCCUGCGUGCCAAAACAAACACCUACAUAAAGACUCCAGUCAGAGGGGAGGAUCCGGUGUUCAUCGUGACAGGGCGCCGGGAGGAUGUGGAAAUGGCCAAGCGUGAAAUUGUAUCUGCAGCCGAGCAUUUCUCUAUGAUCCGGGCAUCUCGCUGCAAAGCCGGAGGGCCAGGAGGAGGUGGCUCUCUGCCCGGCCCACCCCACCUGCCGGGACAGACCACCAUACAGGUGAGGGUUCCUUACAGAGUGGUAGGGUUAGUCGUGGGGCCAAAAGGAGCAACCAUCAAGCGCAUCCAGCAGCAGACUCACACCUACAUCGUUACCCCUAGCCGAGAGAAAGACCCCGUCUUUGAGGUGACGGGAAUGCCGGAAAACGUAGACCGAGCGAGGGAGGAAAUCGAGACCCACAUCACCCUCCGAACUGGAACCUUUGUAGACCUACAGGGAGACAACGACUUCCACACCAACGGCACCGACGUCAGCUUAGAAGGCCUGGGCUCCCUGAGCGGAGGACUGGGAGCGUCUCUGUGGUCCAGGGCUACAGGCCACCACUCUGGCCCUCCUCCUCCUCCUCCCUCCCCUCCACCAUCUCUUCCCAUGUCCAUACACCACUCCUCGAGCAGGAAGAUGUCCUCCUCGGUUGCCUAUCACACGCACAAUGGCGGGAUGAGCUCAGAGAGCUUCAGCUCCAACAGGAAGCCUAACGAGGGGGGCAGCCCCACCAGUCCUUUCAGCACAGGUUCCAGCAGCGCUGGAGGUGGUUUCACCUUUGGAGGGGACUCGACCCCUGGACUGACUUCCUCCGAUGAAUUGGGCUUUGAGUUCAGUGCUUCCAACAUCUGGGCGCCUUUCGUCAACGGCGGAGCAGGGAAUAAGACCUCCGCUUCUUCUCAACAGCAACCUCUACGCCGAAACAGCAGCGGCCUCAGCGGCGGUGCCAUCACUCCGCGACUGUCUCCGACUCUGCCUCAGGAUACGAGUGUCGGCCCUCUGGAUCACCCACUGGCGCGUCGUGCGCAGAGUGACCCCCUCAGCACUCUCUCCUGGCUGCAGUCUGGCAGCACGGGAGGCGGCUCCUUCUCAGGCGCCUCCAGCUCCAGCUCUGGCGGCUCAUCGACUGGCUACUCCUCCUGCUCGGCGUCAUCCCUGCCCGGCGGUUCGCCCACUGACUCCGAGGGCGGCGGCAGCGGCGUCGGGAUCACCUCCGGGAUGCUGAGCCGGCUCAAAGGUGGCUCUGGGGUCUCGGCACUGGUCGCCGUCGGCCCGGGGGUCAACAGGGACUGCUUUGUGUGUUUCGAGAGCGAGGUGACAGCGGCCCUCGUGCCUUGCGGCCACAACCUGUUCUGCAUGGAAUGCGCCGGGCAAAUCUGCCAGUCUGCCGAACCCGAAUGCCCCGUCUGCCACACUCCGACCACACAGUGCAUCCGCAUCUUCUCCUAAUGCCAUGAGCGGGGUCAGAUAUUUAGGGAAGGUGUGAGAGGCAGCCAGGUACCAGCUGUAGUGGAGGAAAUGGAAGGAAUCACACUAAUAACCUUCACACAGAUGAUGGACCAUAUUAAAUGCAUUAAUAAAGAUGAUGAUACUUUAAUGGAUGUUGAUAUAUUGCUGAUAACUGUCAAGAUGAAUAAUAUCAAUAAUAAUAAUAAUAAUGACUUAUUUUCCAAGGGAAGUGGAUUGAAACGUGUCUGCAGACAGUUGGGGCUCAGGCAGUCUCUCAGCAGUGAACUUAUGGAAGGAAACUAGUGUCUUAUAUCUCUUCAGGCCUUCAUUUUGACGUGGAGCGCCCCCCCUCCCUCCCCCUCCCACUGCGGGCGGCCCGCCCGCCAGCCCGUCCGUCUCCACGCGUCUUCAUUCUGGCUUCUUGAGAUCUGCCUGCUUCUCUCUCUCUCACAGCCUUUUUUCCUUUUGACACUUUUGUACUUAACAGAUAUUUUUCGAUAAAACUGUCAAUGAGGCCUGCACUUUUCUACUCCUCAUUUUAACGCCCCCGAAUACCCCAAAUUCUCCUCUGUGCUAUUUCGCUCCUUCAUGCCAAUUUUUAUUUUUAUUUUUUAUUCCCUUUUGUGACACAAAGACGAAAAGGUUCUUGGAACAUUAUUCUAUUUUUUUAGGUUUCUUUUGGUCGGCAUGUCUGUCAGGCACCUAUUGGGAAAACACUACAUUUUAGCAGGAACCUUUUCAGGGUGAAUUCUCAUUGUCGCACGAAAUUUAGCCAUCCGAUAACCAAGCCAAAUGAUUAUUGAGACCUACUCCUUGAUUCCGUUUGGUAAACACGUUGGGUAAAACUUGGAUGAGUCUUUGCCGCAUUAUUAGUGUCGCUGUUUGAUGAUUCUGUAAUAAGUGAAGGCGUACCAGUUUUAGCGAUGCUGACGGGCCGUGACUGUGGUCAGUUUGUAUGUUUGGACUGCCUGACAAUCCCUUCACUCCUCUCUCUCUUGCGCGCUUGUGUUGGAGUGAUGCCCAGUCGUACCGAUGUGUCGUCACCUCGACAGGGCACCAUUACCUUCAUCCGAUCAUCUCGUCUGUUACACUUAGAUCUGUGCAUUUUAUUUUUUGUGGGUUCUUUCUCUAGUUUGUUAUUGUCUGUGUAGUGAGUGUGUGUGGUUAAGACUUUAGGAUGAGACAGGGCUUUGAUGUCACAUGAGAAUGUUUUCUCCAAUACGGUUUAGGACAGAAGACUGACAAGGGGGUUGAUUUUUAGUUUUCACGCACUGAAAUCCCUUUGUUAAAAAAAAAAGAAAACUGAAACGGCUGUUGCUGUUUUUUUAUUUCAGUCUUCCACCUCUCUCACAGCAAAGCUGUACGGCACUCAGAUGACACUGUUGUACCUAUAGAUGGAUUCAGUCUCCCCCUCUCUAAUGGCUGCUCCCCCAUUUAUUUGGGGCAGAAAGGAAAUGAGUAAUUUUGAGUGGGAGUAAAUGGAUCUUCCAGGGAGCUGGGUGUGAUAAAAGCAGAAAUGGGCAUGGCCUGCUCGCAUUAGGUAUUACAUGAAGGAAGUUAUUGAUUGGUUGGAAAACCUGGUCAUGUUCUCAUGCUACAUGCGAACCCUGCAAAUGUAGUUAGUAUGCAGGCUUAUUUAAUGUUCGUUGGCUGUGUACAAGUGGAUUAUUUGUGCUUCUGUAUGUUAAGCAUCUCAUUAACAGUGACUUCAAUGGAUAUUUAAAGGUAUAGUGGAGAAUUUUGUGAAUUUUUGAAAUGUUCCGUCCUCUACAAUUUAAACAAAAUGCAAAUGCACAACCCUGUACCUGCUCCCGAGAGGAAACGAUGAUUGACAAUUAGGAGGACCACUUAUUUUGAUGAUCCACCCAGAUAAAUGAUAUCCUCCACUAUACCUUUAAGUCUUAUGUAUGCUGGAAUAUAGAAACCUGCUGGUUCACCAUUAUGGCAGAUCAUUCGAUGCACCUAAAGCUGCAGUUUAUGCUUGUUUUCUGCUUUUAUUUCACUCAACACCCCUAGAAGAGAUCCCCCCCUUUAAGGGUUGAGUGCCCAGGUGUGUUAAAUCUAUCUAUACAGCGCUGUACUCUGCAAAAUGUAGUGCACUAUUUAGUUAGUAGUUAGAUUCGUCCUGUGUUUCAUAGCAUUACUUCAAUAAGGCAGGAACGUCCUGUUUUGUGUUUGUGUUUUGUUCUUUUUUUUCCCUUUUGGGGGAAAAAAAAAGCAUUGAAUGAGUUUGCAGUAACUGCCUCUUUAUAAGUGUUAAACGCUGCAUUUCUGGUGGCGGAGUCUGUAUCGGUGGCCCUCCUUUUUUUUUUUUUUUCUCUCCCUCAUAGAAUGAGACAAGCCAUGAUGACUAAAAGUAAAAUGAGCAUUAUUAAGGGCUUCCUCUGACUGCACAGACACAUAAUCACACAUGUUCAGGCUCUCACCGUAUAGGAAGAAUCAACUUAUCCUUUAUGGCAGCUAGUAGCUAGGUCAUCCAGGGCUUCCAGACACUUCUUGUGUUCCAAUCCCAGCAGCUGCAGAAUGUUCUUGCUGUUUUCUGUUUUAAUCAGUCAUCCCUGCACGCUUCAUCUCAUUCGGGUCCUGCUUGUGUGUAGCCAGAAGUCGGUCACUGAUCAGGACAGGUUGCAGGGGGUUUUUACUGAUUAUAUGAACGGUGAUUUAUCCAAGUUAUGAUUUUGGUGCUCCGGUUAGUUAUCAACUUGAAUGCAGUUUGGACUGUUCAUUUGCUGCUUUCGGGAAGGUUUGCAUUCGCUUUUUAUUUUUCUGUAGUAUGAGAAAAAAAACCAACCUGGGAGCUGGAAUCUGCUCAGUCUUUGCAAAGACGCGUCCAUGGUGCUUUUUGGUGCAACUCUCUACUGAGUCUCAGACGAACAAGGCAGUGAGGGAACCAGAACAACCCCUCCUAAAACCCUGGGUGAACCUUAGACCCGACAGCUCCCCCCUCCCGUUCUCGUGUUAAAACCGGCAGCAACCCCCUCCCUUGUUCCCCUCUCCUUUCCUGUCGGAUGUGUUGCUGCGUUUUGCGUCUUUAAACAGGGAACAGAUGCCGGGCUGUCUGAACGAGCACAUCUCUGAUGCCUGGUGCGAGUCUGUUGAGGCCCUUUCUUUAAACUGUCCAGGCUGACGUGUUAAAGAAGAAAUCGUUGUAUUCUACCAGAUGGGUUUUUUCUCGUUCACUCUUAGAGGGGUUUUUAUUUUGGGCCAACGAGCAAAUGUUAGGGUUGAUGUACAGUAAUUUUAAAUGUUAAAAAGGUACAGUUUUUUUCAAAUUGACUUUUCUAAAUGUUUUUUUUAGAUAAUUGUAUCGCCCUCCCCUAAUUCCUUCCUUAAGGUUUGAAAACAGGGUUUCCUGAGGCAUGCUAGUCAGUGACCUCUGACCUUUUUUUUUUUUUUCUUUUUUUUUUCUCUCUCUUUGGUGAUUAGAGGGGGGAUGCUAAGAGAGCUAUGCCAGCUAAAGGGGGUAAUGACUCCCCUCAAGCCUCCCUGCUCUCUUCUAUUUUUGCUUUAAUUCUCUUUGUAUGCAGAACCAAAAUGUUAAAACCGUCAGUGAACUAGGUUUCAGGCCUAACCUGUGUGUAAAUACCCUGGAUACAAUCAACACCUUGUUUUGUUGGGGUUUUUUUCCUUCAAAAGCAAAAAGGACUUAAUUGAUAAGUGUAGUUUCUAAAGAACAUGUAUCAUUAUUUGUAAGUUAACCAUCUGCAUGUCUUCAAAGCCACCUGGCAUUAGCUAAUAAUUUUUAAGAAGAAAAAAAAAAAAGUUUUUACAUGUUUAAUUUUUUACGAUUUUAUUUGCUUCCUAAAUAUCCCAGACAAUAAUGUGACCCUUUUUAUGACUUCGAAAUUUUUAUUUUUUAAUUUUCCAUUUUUUUGUUUUCCUUAUUUCCUGUGUACUACAUAUAGGCAAUUUAUAACAAAAUGAGAAAAAUUAUUGAAGAAAUUUUAAAAUUGAAAUAUAUUUUAUUUGAAAGUUUAUGGACCUUUUAACCGUGAGCCGGAGAAAUUGUAUAAUCGUAUAAUUUGAGCUGACUUGACGGUUAUGAGAAAUGUAUCAAGAGUUUUAUUUUUUAUGCUUCUUUAAUAAAGUCUUGUUUUUUGGUUUCAUUUUUUU